UUUUUUUUUUUAAUCUUCCAAUUCGUAUUACUUCUUGAAACAGCUUUUAUGAUAUAACGAACAGUAACUCAUUUCAACGAACACUGAGUAGAAGUAAUAGAGACGCCAUCUACUGUGAUAAUGGACAAACAUUCUUAACAGCUAGCGCGUAUUAGCGGCCGCUCCGAGUGUCAUCAUCGCAUUUUAAUACGUGUCCAUUGAUAACUAUUCGUCCGGUGUUUCUGCUUCGUAAUUUUUCUUCUGUAAAUCUAUGGAGUGUUUUCAUUGUCGGAUAUCUUUGAAUUUCUGUCUGUGUUAGCAUAAGGCGCCUAGUGCGCCUUCCCGUCACGGAUGGACAUGUGUCGGGCGCGAUUGUUAUUUCAUUUUCUGGCGCUUAGCCUACUCCCCUUCGCCCGUCCCGACGAGCACACUCAUGUCUAUGAAGAUAAUGAGGAAGUUGUACUAUGGAUGAGUACAGUUGGACCAUAUCACAAUCGUCAAGAAACUUACUCAUAUUAUUCAUUACCAUUUUGCAUGGGUACAAAAGAUGUUAUUGAUCAUUAUCAUGAAACUUUUUCUGAAGCACUACAAGGCAUUGAACUUAAAUUUAGUGGCUUGGAGAUUGAAUUUAAGGCUGAUGUCGCAAAGAUGGAUUAUUGUCAAAUAAAAUUAACAGAAGAAAGUGAGAAAGCUUUUAUAUAUGCAGUGAAGAAUCAAUAUUGGUAUAAAAUGUAUAUGGAUGAUCUGCCAAUAUGGGGUGUUGUAGGAGAGCCAGAAGAAAAUAAUGGAGUUGUAUCUUAUUAUAUUUGGACACAUAAGAAGUUUGACAUAGGAUAUAAUGGAAAACAAAUAGUCGAUGUAAAUUUGACCAGUGAAAAUAAGGUAAAAUUGGUACAAGAUGCAGCUAUCUCUUUUAGUUAUGAGGUUAACUGGAAGAAGAGCAAUGUUAAAUUUGAAGAUAGAUUUGACAAAUAUUUGGAUCCUAAUUUCUUCCAACAUAGAAUUCAUUGGUUCAGUAUUUUUAAUAGUUUUAUGAUGGUAAUCUUUCUUGUUGGACUUGUUUCUAUGAUUUUAAUGCGUACAUUAAGGAAAGAUUAUGCUAGAUAUAGUAGGGAUGAAGAAAUGGAUGAUAUGGAACGAGAUUUAGGAGAUGAAUAUGGUUGGAAACAAGUUCAUGGAGAUGUAUUUAGACCAGCUAGUCAUGCAAUGCUUUUCUCUGCUCUUAUAGGCGCAGGCUAUCAAGUCACUGUAGUUGUACUUAGCGUUAUUAUUUUUUCUAUCGUCGGAGAAUUAUACACGGAAAGAGGAUCAAUGUUGUCGAUAGCAAUUUUUGUGUAUGCUGCUGCAUCACCUAUAAAUGGUUAUGCCGGAGGAGGUUUAUAUGCACGUAUGGGAGGUCGUAUCUGGAUCAAACAAAUGAUUCUCAGUGCCUUCAUGUUACCUCUUAUAGUCUGUGGCACUGCAUUCUUCAUUAACUUCAUUGCAAUGUAUUAUCAUGCCAGCCGUGCUAUACCAUUCGCAGUAACGUGCAUCUGUAUAUUUGUUAUAUUACCAUUAACAUUAGUUGGAACAAUCUUGGGCCGCAACUUAGCUGGAACACCGGACGCACCAUGCAGAGUUAAUGCAGUACCCCGACCUAUUCCUGAAAAGAAAUGGUUUAUGGAACCACUUGUUAUCAUAAUGCUUGGUGGUAUUUUGCCCUUUGGAUCGAUAUUUAUUGAAAUGUACUUCAUUUUUACCUCAUUUUGGGCAUAUAAAAUUUAUUAUGUUUAUGGAUUUAUGCUACUAGUAUUCGUUAUUCUAAUGAUAGUAACCGUUUGUGUUACAAUCGUAUGUACAUAUUUCUUGCUAAACGCUGAAGAUUAUCGAUGAAUGUAUGGUCUCUUCCAAACAGCCUUUUACUUCGGUUACAUGGCAUUGUUUAGUCUCGCCUUGGGUAUAAUGUGCGGUACAGUCGGUUACGUUGGUACUAAUGCAUUUGUACGGAAGAUUUAUUCUACUGUUAAAAUAGACUAAAGCACAAUGCUAGUGUAACGAUGCCUAUGAUGAAUUAAAAUACAAAAAUACACAGUGAAAUUGCCGGUUUUUAUAAAGUAGGACUCUGUUUAAUAAUUUAAAUUAUUCAUUGUGACGCGCAAAUGUAACUUGUGGAAAAAAUUAUGACACCGGCUGAAAUAAUAUAAUAUCAAUGAAAUGUAGCAUAAAUAUUUAAAAAAAAAUUGAUAUCGUUAUGUUUUUUCUAAAUAUUCAAUGAAUGUUUUGUCACUUUACGUUUAUUACUAAUAUUAUGAUGUUUUUAUUUAAAAAAGAGAAUGAUUAACGUAUUUGUUGCAAUUUGUGAAAAUAGGUCCUACAGUACAGAACAGUACCUAUACAUCUAUGAAACAAAUAAUUUGCAAAUUAUUCAAACAAUCACAUGUAAUAAUUCAUCCUGUAAAUCAUAUUUCGAUAUUAUACAAAAUGCAGACUCUGAUAAUUACGUAAUUAUUUAGAAUUACUAAAAACAAUAAAUUUUUUAACAUUGCUCAAUAUUGCUGGAUUUAUUGAAAACUUGCUGAUUAUUUUUUUUUUUUUAGGAUUUAUAGAAAGUUAUAUAAAUUUUAAAAAUGUUUAAAGAAUUUCAAUGCCUUUUUCAAAAAGAUAUAUCAACAAAUACAAAUAUCUUAAUUCUUCAUCAAAAAUAAUAACGUUCCAAAAUGCCAACGAUAAUUACAAAUACAAAAAUGUACGAAGUUGAAACUGAAAAAUGAAAGAAAAAAAUACAGAUUAUUAGAUAUAAAUUGUACAGUAUAAAAUUUUCGAUACAAUGUAUUCACGAUGUAAAGGAUAUACUUUAAUUAGCAUUAUUAGAGACAGUAAUACAGUUGUGUGACUCUGAAUUAAAAGUUUAAUUUUAUAUAUAUAUAUAUAUAUAUA